AUGAUUGGAGAAGUCAGGUAAAAGUCGAAGGAAAAAGAGAAAGCGGGCGCAAAAAAGCAAACUUUGGGCUGAUAUCUAUCAUCGCGUAAUUGGCUAAUUCGUCGGCGACCGAUAUCUUCAAAUUUUAUCCAAUUCCAGCAUAUACUACCAGCAACGAAAAGAAAUUCAGAAAUCGUCUCUUCUCAUGAGAACAUAAAGAAAAUCUAAUGAACGAUGACCAAAAAAUGUAAUCAGGACGGAAAAUCUUCUUGAGAUCUUCAUUUGCGCGCUUUCUUCCCCAUUUUUCCUUUUCGUUUGACCAACAACAGUUUUUUUCUUCCAAAACCAGAAAUGAAUUAAAUGAAAUUGUUUUGUGAAUUUGUUUCUUUUUCAGCUUCAACGAACGGAAAAAUUUCCAUAAAUACAUUUUUUUAGGGUCUAGAUGGCUCUCAAAAAUCCGGAUAAUAAAAAAUGAAUCAAUAAAAACUCUUGAACGAAUUCUUGUUGCUGCUGUUCGAAAUGAUACGGUUUUUGUGAGUUCAUUCAGUAUUUUUGACUCUUCUGGUGGGAUUUGCAGCUCAGAACAAAGUUUUACAGUGAAGCAAGAUCUGCCUGCACAACUGUUCAUACAAACUUUCUUGAUAAUUCAAAAUAAACGAGUUUUUUUGGAGGUCGGCUCAGAGCUAUGCAAAUGGCGAGCAAACAGUUCUGCGCUUCAAAAGGACUCUCCGCAGCGGCUUUCGGUACUUUCGCGUCCGCCGAUACGCUUCUGUCUUCAAGGUGACCACUUCUGACUCAUAAUUCAGAAAUCCGUUGUAGUUUUCGAGUUUUUCAGAAACUUUAGUAAGUUCACUUCGAAGAGGAACUUUUUUAUCGAUAAGAAACUUUGAAUCAAGAACUUUUUUCCUCUUGAUCAGUUUUCCAUAAUUUGAAAACUAUUUUUAUUGGCUAACCAUCGAGUUGAAAGAACACAACUUCUUUUUGCGAAUAUUCAUCAUGUUCAAGAUGAAAGUGUUGGCUAUGCUGAUGCUGUUGGUGGCGGUCUCGUGGACACUCCUCGAAGUGGUCGACUCCUCGGGAGUUCCCGCCAGGCGUCUCAAACGUCAAUAUUACGGCUACGGCGGAUAUGGCUACGGUAUGAAAUAUUUGGAAAGUCGCACUAUUUCGCGGUUUUUGAUCAGUUUUUCUCAUUUUCAAAGAAAUGUAGAGAAUGAGAAUUUCCCUGGAAUACAUGGAUUUCCAGAGGCGGAUAACAGAAAGUAGAGUUUUGUGAAAAGUAAGUUUUCCUCUACAAAAAUCGGUUUUUGGGAGAAAACUUCAAAAAAAAAAGGCUCUUUUAACCGAUUCAUUAGCCUUUCUCUUCGACUUCAAUAUAUAUGUUCUCGGAAGCUUGUAAGUUAUAAAGAUUGAAAAUCCCAAAAUCUUUAUGAGAUAUAUUUUGAAGUUUGGGCAUAAAACUUCAAACUACCAUCAUCCACGAAAUAACAUUAUUCGGAAUUCUUCUGCAAAGAAAAUUCCAUGAAAUAUUUGUUAUUUUGAAACCAACCAAGCUUCAGGAUACAACUGCAACUGCGGAACCUACGCCCCAUGUCCUCACUACGACUACGGAGGCUACGGUACGACUUCAGCUCAAAGAAGUUGGAAACUGAGCAAGUUUCAGACUGCGGCUGUGCGACCUACGCGCCCUGCAGCCACUACGGCUACUACGGAGGCUACGGCGGCUAUGGAUACAAGAAAUAG